AUGUCCAUGAUGAUAACAUUACCGAAUGGAGAAAAAGUAUUUAGAAAUUAUUUAAUAUAUUCAAAUUCCCGAAACGCUGUGUUUUGCUUCCCAUGUAAACUAUUCAGUGAGGAGCAUUCACAUCUUAUUAAGGAUGGAUGGGAUCAAAUUCAGAAUGAAAUUAUAAGCAUUAUUUCAGAAGGAAUUAAGAGGCAUUUAUUACAUAUGAUUAAAUCGUCAAAAUAUUACUCACUAAUUCUGGAUAGUACACUUGAUGUCAGUCAUACCGAACAGGCACUCUAUAUCCCCUGCUCUGCCCAUUCUCUAAAUUUAGUUGUAAAUGAUGCAGCUAAAAUUUCCUUCGAAACAGUUAAUUUCUUCUGA